CAAAUUGAGGCUGAGUGCUUCCUGAUUGUACUAGACUAGCACAGAAUAUCAGGAUGCAAUGUUAAUAUAGAUCAAUUUCUGGUGUAUAUAAUGGUAUGUCGUUACGAAGUCGUUAACUCUGAUUGAAGCUCAUUCAUUUCAUAUCCAGUUCCAUAUUCAUAUUCGUUUCCAUAUUCAUUUCCUUUUCAUUCUCCUCUCCAUUUUCCUUUUCAUUUCCAAUUCCGGUUUCAUCUCUACAUUCAUUUUCGUCUACUUCUCAAGUAAAACUUUUAAUCAGUUACUCUUCUUGAAAACUACUAAGCACUUGUUUUAAUCGAAAUACUCUGUCAAGAUGAGGUGCGCAGCCAUUAUCGCUUUGUUCGCAGCCAGCGGCACCAUUGCCGCUCCUUCUCUGUCUUGGAAACAUCGGUACACCAACAGCACAACGCCUUGCUACGGCAACAGCACAGUACCAACAAACACAACGACGCCCUCAAAUUCGACAAUACCCUCAAACACAACAUAUCCUAUAUCUUAUACAGGGUUCAUUUUGCCCACGCUUCUCAAGAACCAUGACAUCCCUACCAAUGACAACGCUCUGGACCUCCAGACAGCCACCGUGCGUAAUGGUGUGGCGGAGACAUCAACACUCUACGAGAUACCUGUACCGGCAGAGCUUGCCGGCAAAACGUGCAGCCUUGUCAUCCAAGCUGGGCAUCUCGGCCGUGGCGACAAUAUUCUGGGCACACAAGCUAUGGACAUCUUUAACAACAAUAUCGAAUCCCAUGCAACACUGGAUUACGGCAACCACCGUAACAAACAGCUUGCACGUGUGCACUUUGAUAGCACCACAGGAUUAUACGCGUUCGAUGACACGGUCCUUCCACCCUUGAUCAAGUCGUUUCCGUGCCCUGCCGGGAAGACACUUGAGUGGGAAUCUGUCGCUGUUGGCGACUUUGAUAUCAAUGUUAUUCGGCAGGACUUUGAGGUCGAUGGCAAACAUAUUCCCAAUGGCUUGAGCAUUGGCUAUCACUAGAGAAGGCCCUUGCGUGUGAUAUUGAUUCGUUCGGCAUGAAUGUGUAUCAAUUAUAGAUAGUAAUGGUAGCUUGCGGGAUAGAAGAGGACAUUUUGGGAUAGAAUCGAGUAGGCUAGCAUUUACCGUAACAGCCAAAUAUACAAG